UAUCUUUGGGGGAAUAGAUGGCUAUUCAAGAAAGAUGAUGUACCUUAAGGUAGCAGACAACAACCGAUCUGAUACCCACCUGGCAUUCUUCAAUGAAGCUGUGAAUGAGCAUGGGUUUCCUCUGAGAGUGAGAGGAGAUCACAGAGGAGAAAAUGUGGGGAUAGCGGAAUUAAUGUUCUCAGUUCGUGGAACUGACAUUAACAGCUUCAUUGCGGGGAAAAGCGUACACAAUCAGCGGAUUGAGCACCUCUGGCGUGAUUUGUUCAUGAGUGUUACAGGAGUGUAUUACAAUAUCCUGCACUCUCUUGAGGACAAACACCUACUUGACAUCAGCAACGUCCUACACAUAUUCUGCUGCCACUAUGUUUUCCUACCGCGCAUUCAGGCAAGCCUAGAUGUCUUCAGUGAUGCGUGGGACAACCAUCCCAUCAGGACUGAGCAGAACCUGACACCAAAUCAGUUGUGGCAGGUGGGCCAGGCCCUUAACCCCAUUGCAGAUCCUGAUUCUGAGGGAAUACCCAUCCCAGAGAUUCAAUGGGAGGAGAGUGGCUACACAAAUGAGCCUCAUUCCGGGGUCAAUAUCCCUGAACUGGACAGUCCUCUUUUGGAUCUGGAAAUGAUAGCACUGCGAGACAACAUGGAUCCAUUGCAGCAAUCUGAAUGUUUCGGGGCAGAUAUAUACCUCAACACUGUCCAAUACGUUGAGAACUUAAUUGAGGCAAGAUAAAAGAGCAUGUGGCUCUCUUGCCACUUUCCAGUGGCUUCCUGUGACUUGGACCAAAAAUUUAACAGAAGCUACUUUAGAACAUUUCAAAUGAUAUUUUGACUGUGCCUUAUGCUAGGAUCCCAGGAUCCUCCAUACUAAUUGACACUACAAAUGAAUACAGUAAGUUAGGAUGAAUUUUAUAAAUAAGAAAUUUGUGUCUGGGCAUUUUAUUUUGAAAAGGAAAAGAAAAUCCACCCCUA